GGGAGACAGACGCAGCCCACUGGAACUGAACCCGCAAAACAGGAGGAAGAAGGGCGAACGCUUUCGCCCAUGGAAGUGCCGCUCCUGAUGCUUCGUCUUCUGCAUUUAUACCCCCACACGCUCAAAGCUCACGACUUCACCACCCAUCGAAGCGACUUCACCACCCCAUCACCGUCGCUUCCAUCGGAGCUGAGAACCGAACGCGGAGGAGCAGCGACGACAUGUCGAGAGCCCUCGGGGACGCCGUCGCCAGGAGAGGCGUAUCGGCUCAUCGUCAGUGGUGGGAUCGCGUGAGGCCGGCUCCCAAGGACCCGAUCACCAGCGUCAGCCGGGCCUUCCUCGCCGACGCGAGCCCGAACAAGAUCAAUCUCGGAGUGGGUGCUUACAGGGAUGAAGAAGGCAAGCCUGUCGUGCUUCGGUGCGUGAAGAAUGCGGAGGCUAAAGUCGCGGGCAGCGAAUUCCUGGAGUCGAUUUCUGCUUCGGCUAACUCUAGACUGGUUGAGGAGAGCGUAAAAUUGGUCUAUGGAAAAGAUGCAAAUGUCAUAGGAGAAGGAAGAUUAGCUGGCGUUCAAACGCUCUCGGGAACUGGUGCUUGUCGCCUCUUUGCAGAGUUUCAAAGGCGCUUCUAUCCGAGAUCAAAAAUUUAUUUCCCUGAUCCAACUUGGUCGAACCACCAUAGCAUUUGGAAGGAUGCUGAAGUUCCUCAGAGCACCUUCUCUCACUACGACCCUAAGUCAAAGGGGCUGAAUUUUCCAGCACUCGUAGAUGAUAUCAAGAAUGCCCCAGAUGGUUCCUUUUUCUUACUCCAUCCUUGUGCUCAUAAUCCAACCGGUGUUGAUCCAACUGAGGAAGAGUGGAGAGAAAUAUCAUAUCACUUGAAGGUGAAGAAUCAUUUCCCAUUCUUUGACAUGGCUUAUCAAGGUUUUUCAAGCGGUGAUCUAGACAGGGAUGCACAAGCAAUCCGUACUUUUCUUCAAGAUGGACAUUUAAUUGGUUGUGCUCAAUCCUUUGCGAAGAACAUGGGACUUUAUGGACACCGAGUUGGUUGUCUCAGCCUUCUUUGCACCGACACAGAGCAGGCAGUUGCUGUAAAAAGUCAACUGCAGCAGAUUGCACGGGCAAUGUACGGCAGUCCUCCUAUUCGUGGUGUAUUGCUGGUCUCGACAAUCUUAGGAGAUCCAGACACUAAGGCACUUUGGGUCGAGGAGUUGAGGGCAAUGGUAAAUCGCAUCUGUAAAAUUCGGGAAGCUCUACGAGAAAGCCUUGAGAAAUUGGGAUCUCCUCUCAAUUGGGAACAUAUAACAAACCAGGUUGGCAUGUUUUGCUUUUCUGGUAUAACUCCUCAACAGACAGAGCAGCUGCAGAGGAAGUUCCACAUAUACAUGACUGCUGAUGGCCGUAUCAGCAUGGCGGGAGUUACAAUGAGCAACAUGGACUAUUUGGCAAAUGCCAUACACGAAGUCACCAAAUCUGGUCGAGAAUCCUAGGUUCUUAUCAAGACGUCAGGCUUUUAGCCGCUUUUCCUUUGCUACUGCCUGAUGAUUAUAUACGGUUGGACUGAUGAUAUUGAACGGCUUAGGUUUCUUCAAUGCGCAUUGCCAUAGAAGCAUAUAGGCAUUGGACGUCGGAAAGAGACUGGCACUGGCAGUGAUGUCACUGCAUGCGAAUGUGAGUUCAUUGAAGGUGGCUGUUCGCGUAGGAGAUAUUUUGUAUUCAUGCAUGUAGCAUGCAAUACUUAAGAUGAACUGUGGUACUUCUCGGUGCUCUAUUUGUGUUUAGGAUCGUAUUGACACAAACCUAUAAGCUGUAAUCAUCUUUCUAUCUAAUAAAAGGACGAUACCAUCGAUUGUGAUCAACACCUUGAAUCAUGCAUCCAAUAGCAUCGCAUCAACCCGAGAUCAGUGCGGAGUUUCGCACAGCGAGAUAACUCUGUGAGUUCAUUGAUAGUGGCUGUUCUUGUAGGAGAUUUCUUUGUAUUCAUGUAAGUAGCGUGCAGUACUUAAAAGAGUUAAGACGCAAAAGUGGUACUUCUCGGUGCUCUAUUUGUGCAUAGGAUCGUAUGACACACCCCUGUAAGCUGUAAUCAUCUUUGUAUCUAGUAAAAGGACAGUAUCAUGGAUUGUGAUCAA